GCAACUCGCCACGAGACCCUCUCAGUGCAGACCUUGCCGGCAGCCGACAUGGACUUGGCCGGGCUGUGGAAGUGUUUAAUCGGUGUACUGCUGGUGGUGGCCACCCUUGCGAGGGCGCAGGACGAUGAGGACUCGCUCGCCUCUAGUUUCUUUUCAGGUCUAUUGGAAACUAUCACAAGCACAGCCAACAGCAAAGACUGCCCUGGCGUUUGUAUGCACGCACUCGCCUCGCUAAUUUGCUCGCAGGUGCUCGAAGACGUGGCGUGUCCGUCGUCAUCGAUGCGGUGCUGCGUAGACGCACCCCCAGACAACACCACCACCCCUGCAACGUCAGCCCCAGCUGAUAAGAUCAGCACGUCAAGCCAAAAAAGGCCAUCGGCAUCACCAUCAUCUUCAACGACGCCUUUGCCUAGUAAAGCACCACCUCCUACAUCAGAACUAAAGGGAACAGACGGACAAAAGAGUUGCCCAGGGGUGUGCGUGGCCGAGCGGAUCGCAGACUAUUGCGAGGCGGUGCUGGACAUUUCGUCCCUUUGCAAAACAGGGCUGCGCUGCUGCGUGUCGAGGGACGUGUACUCGGCAGACAAGGCCCCUCCAGAGCUGAUCAUAAUGGACAGAAAUAACAAGACAAAGCUGUCGACGACAGCGGUGCCGCCAUUGACGACGACCACGGCUUCAACCACGACGACCACAACCACCACCACACCAGCGCCCACUUCAGCAGCCCAGUUCGGAAAACAGUGCAAGGGCGAGUGCGUCAGUGGAUUGUUUGCGCUUUUCUGUGACGACGUCGACACUGAGGCCUCCUGCCCAGGUGACGACAGUUGUUGCAUCAACAACCCUGUGACACCAACAAGGCCUCUCGAAAGAGUGCCGGAAGUGACGACCCCGAUAUCAACCACAGUCUUGGCCACCAAGCAAGAGCCUCCAAAGGGCCAAGUGCCCAAGUGUCCUGGUUUCUGUUUGCUAAGCAUCAUGGCUGCUUUCUGCGAACGACCUUCAGUGAUCAUUCAGAACACGGCAAACUGCGCUAAGGGAUCAGUAUGUUGCGACAACACUAGGAGCCCACCUCCACCUCCGGCCACAAAAUCUCCGCCUCCGCCACCAAAACCGGCCGUCAGCAGUGCGUCCAGCGCCCUUGACGCCGUCAACACAGUCGUGGACACUCUGUCCUCCUUGGACAGCGCUUUUAGUGGUCUUGGCCCAAUCACAGCUCUGCUGACCAACUCGCCCCCAGCUACCAGACCCCCGCCGCCAACGACGAGCACCCCUCCUCCCCCGCCUGACCCGCGACCUGAGUGCCCUGGCUCUUGCAUCGUGCCAUACCUCUCGUUCACGUGCUUCAGAAACGCGGAAAUGACCAAUUUGUUCAGAUGUAAGAAGGCCGGCACCCAGUGCUGCGCCCACAAAUCACUGAUCCGAGAGUUGCUGGAGCAACGCAACCCUCAACACCACCAUCCGCACCACCCGAUUCCGCCGCCACCACCGACUGGUCUUUCCCGCAACGACACCGAGCUGCCCUUCUACCAGCCCUACCGGCCGUCGCCCAUCGACCAGCCCAGCACGCAGCACGGCCUCCAGCCUCUGCCUCCCCAAAAAUACCCCCAACACACCACGACCAACAUCAACAGCGUUCAGCAACCAGGCCCGACGCCGACCUACAGCAAAUAUGUGUGCGGCGUGAAGGGAACGCAGCGAGAGGGAGCCUCGAACAGCACUGCCUUUGGUCCGUUUAGAGAAGGGAGAGUAGUGGGAGGCGCGGACGCCGAUCCUGGCGAGUGGUGCUGGCAGGUUGCCCUGAUUAACUCGCUGAACCAGUACCUUUGCGGAGGCGCCCUCAUUGGAACCCAGUGGGUUUUGACCGCGGCUCACUGCGUCACAAACAUUGUACGCUCUGGAGACGCCAUAUACGUAAGGGUGGGCGACCACGACCUGACGCGCAAAUACGGCAGCCCUGGUGCCCAAACGUUGCGCGUGGCCACCACCUACAUCCACCACAACCACAAUUCGCAAACUUUGGACAACGACGUCGCACUACUCAAGCUGCAGGGCCAGGCCGAACUUACGGAGGCCGGCGUUUGUCUGGUUUGUCUGCCUGCCAGGGGCGCAGGACACCCGCCAGGCAAAAGGUGCACCGUCACCGGCUAUGGAUACAUGGGAGAAGCCGGCCCAAUCCCCCUGAGAGUUAGGGAAGCGGAAAUUCCAAUUGUGAGCGACGCCGAAUGUUUGAGGAAAAUUAACGCUGUGACCGAGAAAAUCUUCAUUUUGCCAGCGAGCAGUUUCUGCGCUGGUGGAGAAGAAGGAAAUGACGCUUGCCAGGGAGACGGAGGUGGUCCCCUGGUGUGCCAGGAUGACGGAUUUUACGAGUUGGCCGGUUUGGUUUCCUGGGGAUUUGGUUGUGGCAGGCAAGAUGUGCCCGGCGUUUAUGUCAAAGUUAGUGCCUUUAUCGGAUGGAUCAAUCAAAUCAUCAGUGUUAAUAAUCUCUAAGGAAUUUGCUCACUAAAUGAGGGCUUGUUGAUACAGUAUUCAUAGUUAUGCGUACCUGCCCUUGGUUAUUAAAUUUGAUAAUUUAUAGUGUUACUCACAGCCAUCAAUCCAAAGCAGCGUCAUCAUCCGUAUCACAGUGUUAAUUAUUUUAAUGUAUGCAUUUCUCAUAUUGCAUGGCCAUAAUCACGUCAUUUAUCAAUAAAUUUUAUUUUAAAUCC